GUCUGAAGAUUUCCUUCCCUGUUCGGUGGCUUUGGUCCGGUCCAUCCGCCAAAGCCAGACCGUGCACGAGGUCACGGCUCUAGUCCUUCCGGAAAUCUCCGAAAAUGCGCGUGAGCAGAUUCUGGAGGCUGGAGCUGAUCAAGUGGUAACUGCCCAGGAGAUCCAGAAUCCCAACGAAGUGGUGCAGUACCAGGCAUUUGCCAAGAACUAUGCCAUUUUGAGGGUUUGGCAGCUUGAAGAGUUGACCAAGAAAGCCUUUCAUCGGGCAGCACCUGGGCGGAAUUCCAGGAGAAGAUGGAAAUGGGGAAUGAACGAUCAGGAACGGGCUGAUCACGUGAACAUAAGACUUCAGCAUCUUCAGCAGCUCUAA